CGAGUCCGGGAGCGCCCAGCGGGCCCAGCUCGGCCCCAGCUCGCCCCCGGAGCCCCCAGCUCGCCCCCAGCUGGCCCCGGGCCCGCGGCGAUGGCGGAGGGCGGCCCGCGGCGGCUGCGGCCGUGGCUGCUGGCGCAGCUGCAGAGCGGGCGCUUCCCGGGGCUGCAGUGGGACAACGCGGACCGGACGGAGCUGAGGAUCCCCUGGGCCCACGGCGGGAGGAGCGGGGCCCGCGACAGCCCCGGGGCGGCGCUCUGCCGGGCGUGGGCGGAGUACAAGGGGCGGGUCCGGCCCGGGGACCCCCCCGACCCCGCGGGCUGGAAGACGCGGCUCCGCUGCGCCCUGGCCCGGAGCCCCGAGUUCCGGGCGCUGCCGGGCCGGGGCCGCUCGGACGGGCCCUUCCCCUACCGCGUGUACCGGGUGCUGCCCGCCCGCGAGCCCAAGCCCCCCAAGGCCGGGCAGAGCCAGAAGGAGGCGGGGCUGAGCCCCUCGGGGCCCCUCCCACCGACCCCGCCCCCCGAGAGCCAGGAAGGGGCCCCGGAUGAGGAGAAGCCCGCCGUGGCUCCGCCCCCGGAAGUGCCGCUGCACAUCGAGGUGGAGAGCGCCGAGCCCCUCCCCCCCGCACGCGGAGACGCGGCGCUGCUGCUGCGGCUGCGCCGCGGCCCCGCCCUGGCCUGGCAGGGGGCGCUGCCUUCCGGCGAUUACCUGCUGACUCCUCCGGGCCGCCGGGGGGCGCCGCCGCCGCCGCUGCCGCGCCUGCUGCUCCCGGCGGGGGCGGGGCCGGGGCUGCUGCUCAGCAGCGCCCCCCGCGGGCUCUUCCUGCGCGUGCGCCCCGGCGACGGCCCCGCCCCCGCCGCCGUGCGGGGCCCGCACGCGCCGCACGGGCCGCUCCAGCAGGGGGCGCUGCUGCAGCCGUUCGACGCCAGGCGCUUCCGGGAGGAGCUGGAGCUGCACCGGGCCGGGCUCGGGCCCCUCCCCCAGCACCGGGUGACGCUGGAGCUGCGACCCCCGGAGACCCCAGGGGGGGAGGGGCUGCUGCUGGAGCUGGAACAGGCCUUCGCCCAGCGGCUCCUGGACACCCUGGGGACCCCCCGGGACCCCCCCGGGACCCCCCCGGGGCAAUAAAAGCUGAACUGGGGGGGCACCCCUGCCCCUCCCCCACC